AUGACUUCCGAGGAUAGUAUACAGGAGCACCCCCAUGGUGAAAAGGCCGAAGGCGAUAUUGCUGUAACGUCGCCGGCGUCGCGGGAGCACGCGCGCGAAGAAGGCGCCUGCGAGGAAUGCGACGUCUACAAGUCAACAUACGAUGAUGCGCAGGCCAUGAAGCGCAUGGGCCGGAGGCAGGAGCUCGUGCGGCACUACCGCGUCUUCUCGAUGGUGUCCUUUGUCGGCAUGGCCACGGCCGCCUGGGAAAUGACUCUGUACCAGAUCACGCCGGCGCUGCGGGACGGCGGGCUCCCCGCGCUCGUGUACUCCAACAUUUGGAUCUUUUGCGCCUUUGUCCCCGUGGUGCUCAGCCUGGCCGAGAUGUCGAGCAUGGCCCCCAUUGCCGGCGCGCAGUACCACUGGGUGUCCGAGUUUGCGCCGGAAAAGUAUCAAAAGUUUCUGAGCUACCUAACGGGCUGGACAUCUACUCUUGCGCUGCAAGCUGGCAACGCGUCUGGGCUGUUUCUCAUCGGCACUCUGGUACAAGCAAUUAUCCAAAUUCACAAGCCCGGCUACUCGUUUGAAAACUGGCACGGCACGCUCCUCGCCGUCGCCGUCUGCUGUCUCACGGUUGUCGCCAACGUCUACGGCUCCAAGAUGCUGCCGCACUGGCAGAACCCCAUCUUUGCCAUCAACAUCCUCGCCUACUUUGCCUUUAUCAUACCCGUCUGGUGCAACGCGCCCAGCACCACCUCGGAGCAUGUCUGGACGCAGUGGGAAAACUCGGGCGGCUGGUCCAGCCUGACCGUCGCCGUGCUCGUUGGCCAGCUUCCCGCCAUCACGUCGCAGACUGGCAUGGACGCCGCCGCCCACAUGUCGGAAGAGGUGCGCAAUGCGUCGUCGUCGGUACCCAAGGUCAUGAUUAGCGUGUUUUGCAUCAACUUUUUCCUCAACAUCAUGACCGUCAUCACGCUCUGCUACCACAUCCCCGACGUCACGGCGGCGCUCAACGAGCCGACCUUGUAUCCCGCCAUCUGGGUCCUCAAGCAGUCCAUGUCGGAUGCGUGGCUUACGGCUCUCCUGGUCGUGCAGUGCAUCUUUUUGCUCUUUUCCAAUUUUUCGUACCUGGCUGCUGUCAGCCGCGACCUGUUUGCCUUUGCGCGCGACAAGGGCCUGCCCUACUCGGAAUGGCUGGCCAAGGUGGACAAGGAGCGCAAGAUUCCAAUCAACGCCUAUUACAUGACGGCCGCUUUUGCCGCGCUUCUCAGUCUAAUCUACAUUGGCAGUCCGGUCGCGCUCUAUGCCAUUGGCUCGUUGCUGGCCUGCGCAAUCAUGCAGUGCUUUUGCUUCUCCAUUAGCUGCGUGCUUUGGCGCCGCAUCUACCACCCGCAGACCCUGCCGCAUGCCCGCUUCUCGCUUGGGAAGCUGGGUAUUCCCAUCAAUGUUGUGGCCGUUUUCGUCGUGGCAUGGAGCUUCUUCUGGGCCUUUUGGCCUCAGGAGUAUCCGGUCACGCCGAGUGGCUUCAAUUGGUCCGUGGGAAUCUUUGUCCCAACAAUUGUGGUGGCCUUGAUUUAUUACGUCGUCAAGGGUCGCCAUGUAUACGAAGGUCCUGUCGUUUUGGUCGAGGGGAGAAAAAUGCACGUUGCCUAG